CAAAGAGUCCAAGGCGGAGGGGAAGCUGGUGUACAGGUCUAAGUGCCGUGGGGGGCACACUCUUCGGGGAGAAUUGGCAGGAGGAGACUGCGAGGAUAGGUCCAGGAGCAAUGGCGUCCAAAGAGGAACAAGCAGUAAAAAAUCUCAACGUGGAGAAUGCCAAACAGGAAAAUGAAAAAAAGGAUGAAAAGGAGCAAGUUGCUAAUAAAGGAGAGCCCUUGGCCCUCCCUUUGGAAGCUGGUGAAUAUUGUGUGCCGAGAGUAAAUCGUAGGCGGUUCUGUGUUAGGCAGCCCAUCCUGCAGUAUAGGUGGGACCUGAUUCAGAGGCUUGGAGAACCACAGGCAAGGAUGAGAGAGGAGAAUAUGGAAAGGAUUGGGGACGAGAUGAGACAGCUGGUGGAAAAGCUGAGGGAAAAGCAAUUCAGUCAUAGUCUGCAGGCAGUUAGCACUGACCCUCCUCACCAUGACCAUCAUGAUGAGUUUUGCCUUAUGCCUUGAAUCUUGAUGCUUU